AUAUGCACCCUUGUGAGCUCGGAGAGUGCGCAGAAAGGCUUUCAGCCUUCAACGCACACGCAGCUCGAGAGUGGAAACGAGAUGGUAAAUUUAAGUGACCUUAUUUCGUUCGACGACUGCGUUGAAGUGGUACAAAGUUCCCUUGGCGAAGGGUUCCGUGUGAUCUCCUAUCGACUCGAGAAGGUUCCGGGUCAUCCUGGAUUCCUAGGCGAAUACGCCCAUUUGACGGUGUCCACCGUACAGAUAGGAACUAACCUAAGCCACGAUCAGUCGUAUUUCGUAAAGUGUUUGCCAUUCACCGAUGCGAAGCAACGUGAGGUUGUUCAGGACUUGGGAAUAUUCACCAAAGAAGCCGUUUGCUAUCGGGAGCUGUUUGCCCGAUUCGAGAGAAACCCCGGAAAGGUACUGAAAUGGAGACCGGAGUGUUGGCUGGCCCGGGACGAUCUGAUGGUGAUGGAAGAUCUUGUCGACGCGGGCUACCGAUCGAUGCCCUUUCAAAGAUCAUUCGGUAAAGAACACAUGAUGCUGAUAUUGGAACGAAUGGCACAGAUGCACGCCUGUUCACUGGAUUUGCAGUACAAUCAGAUGAAAGGGAGUAGGUUAGAUGAAAAAAUCGGUAAAAUGCUUUUCGAGACAACUUUCAUGCGGGAAAACCCUUGGUUUGUUGCGGGACUGAAGGGAGUACUCAAGGUAGCCUUGGAUGGGUCAAAGUACUCACGAAAUCCGGAUUACAGGUCCAUGAUUCAGUCCCAAUUGAUGGAUAAAAUGGACCGCAUCUAUGAGCUUUCCCAGCCGUCCCAUCGCUUUCAAUCGGUCAUAGUUCAUAAAGACCUGUGGUACAACAAUAUGAUGUUUAGAUUUGAAUAUGAUCAAACAGGGAACGUUUUGUAUGAUAAGCCCUUGGACUGCGUUUUGAUUGAUUUUCAGAUAUCGCGCUACCAACCACCUGCCAUCGAUUUCUUCUGCACCAUUUACCUGUUGACUCGGAGACCUCACCGAGAUCAAUGGUACGAUUUCUAUGUGCAAUACUACCACGAUCAACUACGCCAAAAACUGGACAAACUUCAACUACAGGUAGAUCUCAUUCUACCAUGGCAGCAAUGGUUGGAGAGUUUGGAGCACUACAAACUGUUCGGUUUGCUUUGGUCCGGAGUACUGCACGCAUACGUAAACCUACCAGAGGGAUACAUCGGUGAGCUGCACGCGGCAGAUCCCGAGGCGUACCACGAGUUCGGACUUAUGAGCAGAGAUGCAAUACUGAUGAGGUUCUUUCAUUCGGAUUCUUAUUAUCGGGAAACUCUGCUCGAUUCGAUUGACGAAACUUUGGAAUAUUUAUUUGAGUUCAAAUAAAAUGUAUUGUAGAACGAUGUAA